AUGGUCGUCGCGUGGUGGACUACCCUAACACCCUCUGUGCGGAGGAGGGCUUCGCCCAGCAGUGUGGCUGAAACACGCGAAGACAAAGAGGUCGCUCGCGCCUUGCAUCGGAUCCGCCAGUGCAAAAAGUGCAAGGGGCACAAGGAAGCAUGCGCCAAACAAAAGCCGGCUAAUGAAAUGCGGAGCGCGCGGCGCGGCCAUCCUUCCGGCGAGACGCGUGUAACCGAAUGCCCCCCCCCCCCCCGCCCUCCUCCUACGCCCCCCACUUCCCCGCUCCCCGUCCGCCCCCGACAAUGUUGCGUAAUGAGCCGUUCGCCACGCAACAGCUGGCCAUGUCUCGCUAGUUCCUGUCGAGCGUACGAUACAGCGGCCGGCACUUCGAACUUGGGUCCACGGCUCGAG